ACUACAGAGUUCAAACUCUAGGUUAACAAGAACUCAGAUGGAAAACUAAUGAGAAAAAAAAAACAAUUUCCUAUAAACAAGUUAUGUUUAUAUAAAUCUUGUUGAAACUUUAUAUAAAAAAUAAAAAAAACAAAACAAAAUAUGGGUUGCCCCUUCGAGAGAAGGACUGCUCUAAAACAGAACAAGACUGGAAUGAAGUCGUAUAUGAGAAGCUGUAGCGUGGACUUUCUGUCAAUUGAUAAAUCUGAUUCUCUAGACGAGGAAAGAUUGGAUCUCAGGGGACUGACAAUAGCUGUUUUAAGUCUCAUUAAUCCUUCGAAUUUUGCGAUAUAUUCGUUAUUAGAAGAUGCAGCUAAGGAAAGAAAAUCAAAUAGACGAAUAUCUUUUGGAAAUGCAGAACAAACCUCCGAUUCUAAGGAACGGAAAGAAAGUGAACACAUAUCUGAACAGGAAAUAUACAAGAAGAUCUCAAAAUUAGUUUCUGUGCUAACAAUUGAAGAAACUGCUCUUUUAGAAACGUGUGGAUCUCUUCAUGUAGACAAUUGCUUGAAAGAGCAUGAAAGAGCUCUAAAAUUUCUAGGUGGUACGGCUGUCGACUUGUUCACCAGUUUAGAAUGUCUUGACUAUGUUCGCAAUAAAGAAGAUCACAAUCAAAGAGAAAUAUUCAGAGUCUUACCAAGAUCAACUAAAAGUUUUUUAAUUCUGGAAUUAACAACAAAAAGAAAAUUUUGGGCUAAAGCAUUUGUUGGGGUGAUAAAGAAGAUUAUAGAUAGUUUGUUCAAUUUAAGAACUGUAAUCAGGAUACGCGAGAAAGCUUAUAACAGUUAUAUAUACGAAGUAAAAGUAGUAGAACAAAGUGAAGAAAAUGCCUCGUUUGGAAGAAGUUCAUCUCUAGAAGGGACAGAUACUCGGCUGUCGGUAGCCAUGUUUUGCAAAACUUUCCCUUUCCAUUUUAUUUUUGAUCGUAACUUGAAGUUAGUUCAAGUUGGUUUAGGUCUAUCUAAGGUUUUGGGUGGAAGAAAUAAAAGAAUUAGAGGAAGCAAUGUCAUGAAAUUUUUCCGAAUUCUUCAGCCUAAACUUGUCCCAAGUUUCCAAGCCAUUUACUCGAGAAUGAAUAUGCCUUUUCUUCUAUCCAUACAAAGCUGUCAUAAUCAAGUUGAGGGUAUGGCAUUGAAAGGACAAAUGAUAUAUUGUCCUGAAUCAGAGAGUUUAUUAUUUUUGGGAUCACCAGUUGUAGACGGGUUAGACGAGAUGAAUGCUAGAGGUUUGUACUUGUCUGAUAUACCCAUCCACGAUGCCACUAGAGAUAUUAUUUUGGUAGAAGAGCAGGUUCGAGCUCAAGACGGAUUGAAAAGAAGAAUGGAUAAGUUGAAGAAUUCUAUACAGGAAGCCAACAAAGCUGUAGAAAUGGAAAGAAAGAAGAAUGUGGAUCUGUUGCAUCUGGUCUUUCCUCCUAACAUCGCUAGAAAGCUGUGGCUAGGUGAACACGUAGAAGCCCAACAAUACGAUAACGUGACAAUGUUAUUCUCGGAUAUAGUGGGCUUCACCGCUAUCUGUUCAACUGCCACACCCAUGAUGGUGAUUAAUAUGCUUAACACGCUAUAUACAAUGUUCGAUGUUUUUUGUGGAGAAUUAGACGUUUAUAAGACGGAGACAAUUGGUGAUGCUUAUUGCGUUGCUGGGGGUCUUCACCGUCCAAGUAAAACUCACGCUCAACAAACGGCAUGGAUGGCUCUCAAGAUGAUGAAUGCUGCUCAAACUGUGCAUUCUCAUGACGGCAAACUACUUCAGAUGAGGAUUGGAUUACACUCAGGAUCUGUUUUGGCUGGAGUUGUUGGGUUAAAGAUGCCACGUUAUUGCCUGUUCGGUAAUAACGUCACUCUGGCAAACAAAUUCGAAUCCGGAAGUAAGCCUGGAAGAAUAAACAUUAGCCCAACCACCUAUAGCUUACUCUCGAGGACUGAUGGAUUUACGUUCGAAUCACGCCCUCCAGAAUGUCUUCCUCGCGAUUUUCCAACAAAUAUUAAAGGAAGAUGUCAUUUUCUAGACUCUUAUCAUCACCCGGACAUAGAGCAACAACAACCUCUCGACGUUCAUAUUAAAAAAAUCGUAGAAGAAUUAAAGUUAGAUGUUACAUCUCAUUCAAACUCUGAGAGAACGUAACACACAUAACAUCCAACAAUCACCAUAGUAACGUGUCGUGAAAAUUCGUUAUUUCUGUAUUUCAUAUUGGGAAUGGUUUAUUAAGGGAAAUGGUAUUCGGGAAAGCAAAUUUCUAUUCCAUUUCCUCUCAUUUUCGUAAUAGUCUGAUUUAUAUCUGUCCCAUUUCCUAUUUUCUGUGUUCGUUACCCAAAGAAGAAUAACGAAUUUCGAUAACUUUCAGGAAAUUGAGCUAUACAAUUGGCAGAUUAAAUCGUUAUUACGAGUGAAAGUUAUUUUAAAUUACGGAUUUAAAAUGUUUUCCAUUGACGUGAAAAAAUCACUUAUGUAUUACUUAUUCUACAUUUUUUAGGAAUGUAACUAAA